GAGUGGGGACUUCUCAGCGGAGAAACACCGAGAUGAAGAGCAGCGCUUAUCCGGCAUCAUGUGCCCCAGGCUCCCGAGGACUGCCUGCCUGCUGCGACUCAUUGCCCUCUGCAUCCUCCUCUCACAAACGUCAGCCUAUUUCGGGUUGACAGGCAGAGAGCCACUGGUGUUUCUACCUGCACCGCUAUCAAACGAGUCUCCCUCGGGUAAAGCGCACCUGAAGCAAUGUGAGCAGCUGACCCUAACUCGCCGACAGAAGCGUCUUUGCCGCCGGGAGCCGGGUCUGGCCGAAACACUUCGGGAAUCUGUGCGCCUCAGCCUCCUGGAAUGCCGGUACCAGUUCCGAAACGAGAGGUGGAACUGCAGCCUCGACGGCCGAGGAAGUCUGCUAAAGCGAGGGUUUAAGGAGACAGCGUUUUUGUUGGCGGUGUCAUCGGCAGCCUUGACCCAUGCGCUGGCAAAAGCAUGCAGUUCUGGUCGGAUGGAACGCUGCACUUGCGACGACUCACCAGACUUGGAGCACCGAGAAGCCUGGCAGUGGGGCAUUUGUGGCGACAACCUCAAGUACAGCACCAAGUUCCUCAAGAAUUUCUUGGGGCAGAAGAGGGUCAGUAAGGACUUGAGAGCACAGAUCGACUCUCAUAACAUCAACGUGGGAGUUCGGGCAGUGAAGAGCGGGCUGAAGACCACCUGUAAAUGCCACGGCGUGUCGGGCUCCUGCGCCGUGCGCACCUGCUGGAAGCAGCUCUCCCCCUUCCACGACACCGGCCGGCUCCUCAAGUUCCGCUACGACUCGGCCGUGCGCGUGCUGAGCGUCACCAACGCCGCCACGGGGGAGGCGGAGCUGGCGGGGCCCCGGCGCCACGGCCACAGCCCCCGCUCCAUGGACCUGGUCUACCUGGAGGACUCGCCCAGCUUCUGCCGGCCCUCCCGCUACUCCCCGGGCACGGCCGGGCGGCCCUGCGCCAAGGACGCCAGCUGCCAGAACCUGUGCUGCGGGCGCGGCUACAACACCGCCCUGCGCCACACCACCCUCUCCUGCCACUGCCAGGUGCGCUGGUGCUGCCAUGUGGAGUGCCAGACCUGCCUGAGAGAGGAGGAAGUGUACACAUGUAAAAAACACUGAGGGGGGGGGGGGGGAGAGAGAAAGGGGGAGAAAGGGAGAGGAAUGAGCGUGGGACCAGAGAAGAUGGCGUCAACCAUGUUGAAGAAGAGGAAUUGCUUUGUGUAUGGAUUUGGGCAGAAUCUGGAGGACAGGGGCAAACACCCUUUUGGAAGCUGUGAGAGUGAGAUGGAGGGAACAGAAAAAAAUGAAGGAAACAGAAGUGGUGGCACCAGGAACUUUCUUGUAAUACCAUAUGUCUCUGUUUUCUUCACUCAAAUAUGGCUUUAGAGGCUGGACAAGCUUUGCCCUUAUCUAUUCUUCUAGACUUCAUUGAGACUGCAAAGAACCAAAGAUUUCCCAUUUCAAACUUCAGUACUCCAGGAAGAGGGAAACUUACUUUUGUAAAAGGGAAACUGCAUUAACCCAAAAGGACCUCAUGGCACACAUGACACUCAAAAGUUGCAUUUUGGUGAGCAGGUUGUUUGCUGUCCGUAGCAUCAGCUGUUCUGGUCGCUGUAGGAACUGCACAGUGACUAGGAUGGUACUUUAGAACACUGGUUCCCAACUUCUGACCUAGGGGACUCCUGUGUAUGCUGGUUUUCGUUCCAAGCACAGUUGCAAUCCCAGAAUGUUAACAAGCUGUUAAUUUUUUUUAAAAUAAGGUGCUCUUUAUGUUUAGAGGUAUUUUGGUACCCUCUUAAGGCACAUUAGGUCAGAAAUAGCUAUACAGUUCAUGUGGAAUAAGCAUCCCACAUUCACAUUAUGCUUAUUGUGAAAUGUUGCAUAUAGUUAAAUUAAAACAGGUAACAACAUCAUUUAAUGGAUCAAAUUAAAGACUGAAGUGAAUCAAUACGUUCUUAAUUGGUGAUGGUGUAGACAAAUGGCCACUAAAACUAACCAUUUGGUAUAAUUUAAGGACAAAGCAAAUGAUAACAAGCCAAGCCUGCAUUGUGAUAAUUAGUUUAUGGUUAAAUUAUGGAAGAACUUGAACGCAUGUUCAACAACCUAAUUAGGAGCCUGUCGAUUCACCUCAGUUUUCAUUUUGAACAGUUAACAAUUUUGCUACCUCUUUUUAUAUAACUGUUUGCAAUAUAGCACAAUAAGCACAAAGUGAACAUGGAGUUUUUAUUCUUCAUGGCAUGCAUAGCUAUUUCUGACACACUGCGAUUUAAGAAUGUAAAUAAUCCAUCUAAAGUUUAAAAGCAACUAAUUAAGAAAAAUGAACAGCAUGUUAAAAUUUUGGGGUUGCAACUGUGGUUGUAACAAAAAAAACAGCACACGCAGGGGUCCCCAGGACUAUGGUUGGGAACCACUACUUCAGAAGAUGCCCCAUCAAAUGGCCUCACUGCUAAUGAAAUAGACUUUAGAGGCUUUCAUCUGAGACUAUGAAGAGGCAACCAGCCAGGACCUCAUUCCAAUGAAAGGUCUCAGGAGUUUAGGUUGUCUUCCUGGCUGGUCAUUCUUCCCCAGGUACUGUACAAGGCUAUGUGAGAGAUUAUGGUGUCACCUGACCUGUCCAGAGACUAUAUCACUGCUAAAUUUUCCAUUAUCAGAGCUGGAAACAGGCAGGACUAAAACCACUAUCCCUGACUGGUUCAACUUUCAGUGGGGCUAGUUCAUGUUUCCAUUUCCUUUUCAGUCAUUGCCACUUGCAGUCGGGAAAAUUCUUUCAGGGGUGGUAUUGUUUUUAUGAUUGUAUGACACAUUUCCAGUACAAAUAGCAGUAUAAAUUGUUAUUCUUGAAGAAAUGUCUUAUCUUAGACAGUACAAUGUUUAGUGUUAAAUCAACUCUGACAGAGUAGCUUUUACUGUGCUCUGGUACAUGUGUUUAGCAUGUGAUCCUUACUGGAUUCAAUAGAUUCAAGUCUGUUAGAGCUGUAUUAACAGUGAACAUUUUACUGUUUAAUUUGAGAAGUUUACAAGAAAAGAGAUUACAAAGAAAAGCAUGUGCACAUAACCUGCCAGAAGCAACAAAUAGCUAUUUGCUAGGGGCCAAACAAUUAUGAAGAAUUUUCUCUGUGAGGGAUUUUCCCUCUGUAUUACACAAACAGAGCAACAUGGUAAUGACACAUCCUGCACAGUCUUGCUCUCUGGUUAGCCAGUUAACCAGCUUUGUUACGGUGCUUAAGGAGCAUGUUUCCACAUUAUGCAGAUGUCGUUUGAACACUGAGCCUGGUACUUCCGCCUUGUUUGAGUUCUGGUAGGGGAAAGGGCAGUGCUAAUGUGCCCUGUUGCUUGUCUGCCUGCUGCUGUAUGUCUGUGUGUCGUUGCAAGUUCUUUGAGGGAAAAACACCACUUGGCCGCAUGGAGUCCAGUGGGCUGUCUGUCUGUUGCUGUGAGAAACGCAAGUGGGCCCUUUUGUAAAUAGUGGGUCAAUAAGAAGCACUUAAAUGAGCAAACAGUAAUACUCCGUCAAAACACACAUAAAUCGCAUUGCUUACAACAAAUAUGGCUUCCGGUGUAAUCUACACUAGGUUAUUUGGCCACAGUUAGUUUAUCAUGUCGUUCUUUUAGCAUUUGGUUGUUUUGUUUGGCUCUUUGCAUGCUUUAAAUGUAGCUUACUUGAGCUAUAAAAUGUUUUUAGUUGUAUUUAGCACUGCUGAACCUCCUAAGAAUGUUAAUUGUAUGAUAUGGUAUGCGAUGUGUGCCUUGUAUAAUCAGAUUUCAUCUGCCCAUAUUUUUGUUCAUAAUUAUAACAUGUCCACAUGUCAAGGGAUGACAUAACAUGAUUUGACUCUGGUGUGUCAUGCUUUAUCUGUAAUGGAGAGGAAAUUAGGGAAUAUAUUUUAAGGCAGUGAUGAAAAGGGAUACACAAUGCAAAAGCACUGUGUUAGUACACUAUGAAGGGAUUGGACAUGGUUUUCAAGUACCGUGUGCGUGAUACUGUGUAAAGACAUUGUCCCACACUAUUGCCUUGUGUAUAACUAACUACAAUGUUUACGUGUUCACAAGGACUUUAAAAUUACGGGCUUUGAGCAUGUUCACAUGCAAAUGACAAAACUUUUAGUUUUACCCCUUUACUUCUUAAGCAUCUAACUUAAGCUCCCUUUUGUGUAUUUAUUUGGCUUGAAUGGCUCAUUCUUUGGCAUGUUGUGUUUUCUCAUCAACAAUUAGUGGAAAUUGCAGCAUUUAUCCUCCAGACCCCUUUGCUCCUUUGUGAUUGAGGCUGAACUGUUCAUACGGUGUCCCGACAUGAUUUUUUUUUUGUGCCACAUAUCUGUUUUUAAUCUCUUAGUGACUGUUUUGUUUGUUCAAACUCCGAGCAGUGACACCACGCGCCCGAGGGCAGGAGUUCUCCCCCUUCCCCGAGUGCUCCAGCACUGGCAAAGACCACAUAAGAGCCGGAUUUCAAUCUCAUUUCGAGCAGUUUACAGGGACAGUUAAGGCACUUUGGGGCUCAGCUGAUCAAUCUCCAUUCUUCUAAAGAUAAAGCCCCCUCUCCCCGCGAGCCUGGAUGUUAUUAGGGGAAUAUUACAUAUUCGUUUGUGUCAGACAUCUGUUUGUGCUGGCGCCCGAUCAGGGCAAUCACGGGCGGGGGCCUUGAUGCAGGGGAAGGAAAUUCCCCUGAGCUGGAAAGCGCUGUGGUGAAAUUGGCUUCAUUGAUCAAACCCAAAACGUUCAAGUUCAUUGUAAUUUCUGCCUCAGACAGGUAAGUCACAGCGGUUCACUUUGGGAUCUUAAAGUCUAAAUUUAAGACAAUCAGUGAGUGCUCUGCUGCGCCCUGUGUAAAUUUCAGUCCCAAUAGCUUAUCAAUCAAGAAGCAGUCGAUAUGGUUCAGUCUACAUAUUCAAAUAGCUGUUUUUUUUAAUAAGAUGUACCUGCACCAAAUGAAUUAAACCCAUUGACCCCAGAUGGAUAUACUUGCAUUCAAAUUAAGUUGGUAAUUGUGACAUUUAGUCACACUGUUCUUUAAGUCCUGUUUUAGUAUUCAUAUGACAUGUCUAUAUGUAAUUGAGAAGGCCAUGGGGAACUCAUAGAAAGUUGUUUUUUAUUGCAGAUGAAUAUUUAUUGGUCCAGUAUUGAUUGUUGUUAGUCCACAAACAAGUUAGAAUUAAUGUUAACAAACAUUAUUGCGAUAAAUAUACUUGUGUUAUGGCUGAUGUCUUCUAACUUGCAUGAGUGCAAUGAUUUUUGUUGCCAAAUCAACUUGUGCUGUUGGAUUUCAUUCAUGUGUAUAAAUGCCUCUUGUUCUUUUUGUAACUUCAGCAUUUGUAAUAUGUUUUGGUUUUAUUUUUUAUAAUAUGGAUGCCUUGCCCAAAAAUGUGGAGAAACAAACUCAGACACACCACUGGUUUGUCAUUAUACACAAUGGUGAAAUCAUUAUACACAGAAUUAUAAAUUUUUGUUCAGACACAAAAAGCCUCCCACUCAAAGAUAUGUGUAACAUUUUGUCAAAAAAAGGUCAAAGUUCACAUUGUAGCUCAAGGCUUCCAUAACAAGGGAAAUCACUCAAACUUCAAAGGUUAUGUUUCUACCUCACUUGUACAGCCUGUAAGCAAAUGAACACUGAACUAAUCUGUUUGCCAUUCAUCCCUUAAAUUCUCCAUGAAAUUCAGCUUUGACAUUCAAUUUCCAGGGCUCCUCAACUGGGCUGUGCAUAAUCAUCAUUUUACCUUUGUGACAUCUCAAAUAGAAAUACAAAAUUAUAUUAUAUAUAUUCUUAUUUAAAAGCUGUUAUAAGUGACUGAAUAAAUGAUUAUAUAUUGUUUGUAAAAACAA